AUGGCCGACUCCAAGGAAACCAUUUUGUCGCAGGUCGACGACACCACCUCCGACCCGCCACCGGCCUACGAUGCCAGCGCCGCACCCACCCCUCGCCUUCCACGCCCACCACCCCUCUCCCUCCCCGUCCUCAACUCCCUUCGCACAAAACGCGUAAUCCUCGCAUCGUCCUCCCCCCGGCGCCGCCAGAUCCUCUCCUUCCUGGGCCUCCCCUUCGAAGUCAUCCCCAGCAAUGCCGCCGAGGACUUCCCCAAGACAAUGGAACCCUUCGAGUACGUCCUCGCAACAGCAACCAAGAAAGCACAGGCCGUGUACUCCGCCGAAAUCGACAACGAGGAGAAGGGCGAGCCGGCGCUGAUCCUGGCCGCUGAUACCGUCGUGGUGGAUAAUCUCUCCGGAUCGAUACUGGAGAAGCCGCGCUCGGAGGCGCAGCACAUCGCCAUGCUGAAGAUGCUGCGCGAUAAUCGGGUGCAUAAGGUGUACACAGCGAUGGUGGCGAUGGCGCCGCUGGAGAGCGCGCGGGAGCCGGGGUAUGCGAUUGAGACGCACAUCGAGGAGACGGAUGUGGUGUUUGAUCGGGAGGUUACGGAUGAUUUGAUUGUGGCGUAUGUGCGCACGAGAGAGGGGGCGGAUAAGGCCGGGGGGUAUGGGUUGCAGGGCUUGGGGUCGAUUCUUGUGGAGAGUAUCCAGGGGAGCUGGGAUAAUGUUGUUGGGUUGCCGUUGAAGGCGGCGUUGAAGUUGAUUGAGAAGGUGGUGGCGAAGGCGAAUGAUGAUGAUGAUGGGGGUGAGAUGUUGGAGGGUGAGGAGGAUGAGGAGUAA